GACAGAGAAUUCUAAAUUAAUUCAUAAGUAGACCGUAACGGCGCUUCUGGCGCCACUAAUUGUCAUUUUUCCGUUGAUCACUGUGUGAAUUUGUGCGAAUAUUUUAUAGUGCUUCUUCAUAAAUAUAGUGAUAUUGUAAAAUAUGUUAAUUAAUUGUACGUAAAUUCAUCAUAUCACAAUUAAAUAAGUUACAUAAUAUUGUUACAUACGUAAAACAUGUCUGAUCCAAAACCAUCUGGAAUAAGACCACCAUCAAAAAUUGGUCGACCAUGCAGCAAUUUACCACCAAGACCAGCAGUUCCACCAUCACCUCCAAGACCAUCAAUGAGCCAAAUGGAUCAUCUUUGGGAAACGCAUGGCCGUCGAUUAAGCGAAGCUGGCCUGCGCAGAGGAUCAGAUAACAGCGUGGUCCUUACCGAGGACACGGACAGCUUUAUUAUCGGAGAUCGAGUAUGGGUUGGUGGCACGAAACCAGGCGCCAUCGCCUAUAUCGGCGAAACUCAAUUUGCACCUGGAGACUGGGCUGGAGUGGUCCUUGACGAACCGAUCGGCAAAAACGACGGAUCCGUGGCCGGAUGCCGAUAUUUCCAAUGCGAACCGAAACGUGGAAUAUUUUCACGAUUGACCAGACUGACCAGGACACCGUUGCCCGAUACCUCUGAGGCCUCACUCACACAAAAAACACCCACCUCGCCACCUGACAGCUCGAAAGGAAGUCUCAGCAAAUCCAUGUCUCCGUCUCUGAACGCAUCAAUGACGAGUCUAUCGUCCACGGUGUCCCAGAGGGAUCUCAGAAUAGGUGACAGGGUAAUAGUAUCAUCCAGCCAAGGCAGUAAAACUGGUGUCCUCAAGUAUUACGGCACGACAGAGUUUGCAGCCGGUGAAUGGUGUGGAGUGGAAUUGGAUGAUCCGAUUGGGAAAAAUGAUGGUUCCGUCAAUGAUAAAAGGUAUUUCGAGUGUCGACCCAAAUACGGUCUGUUCGCACCCGCGCACAAGGUUAGCCGGUCACCAACCAGCAAAAGGUCAUCAUGUAUGGUACACAGGCCGACAGGCGCCGCCUUAAACACGUCCCUGAGGAAGACCGGUUCCAGAGAGUCAUUGGUCUCGGUCUCAAGCAUAGUCAGCACCACCAGUACAGCCACUAGAGCUGGUGUUAGUGCCGCGAGGGAAACAUUAAAGGAAAAGGAACAGGAAAUUGAGAUUCUUCGAAAGGAAAGAGAUUUAGAACGUGAACGAAUUACAAAAGCUGCAAAUCAAGCAGAUCAGGCAGAACAAUCACUUAUAUCAAUUGUAAAAGAAUAUGAGCAGUAUCGAGAAAAAAUGCAAAAAACAGUUUCUGAAGCGGAGGUUGCGUUUUCAAAAUUACUCGAGGAGAAAAAUGCACUUGUUUUGCAAUUGGAAGAGGAAAAAAGAAAAUGUGAAGACCUUCUAUUUCGUUUUGAAGAAGAGUCAAUUAACAAGGACGAUAUUCAGGUGGUAAAUACUGUAAAUGAAAACAGGAUUAAAGAUCUUGAAAAACAAUUACUGGAAGAAAGAGAACGUGUUGCUCAACUUGAACAUGACAGUAUAAAAUUAUUUGAAACAGAAGAAGAAUUAUCACGUUUACGCAAUGAAGUUUCCAAUGUUACUGCUCAAGAAAAAAAUCAAUUUGAAGAUUUACAGAAUCGCAAUAAAAUUUUAGAAGAAACUAAGAAUAAUCUUGAAAAAGAAAUGCAAGAGGAAAAAUUAGUUAUGGAACGAUACAUAACUCAAAUAAAAGAAUUAGAAUUAAAAUUGAAUGAAAAUCAGCAAGAAAAUACAAUUCAUAAAGAAUCAGAGAUUAAUUUAAAAAAAGUAGAAUGUGUGGUAAAAGAUUUACAAGAAAAAAAUAUAUUGAUAGAAAAUAUGAAAAAGGAAUUUGAAAAUAGUACAAGUUCUUUAAAAGAACAGUUGCAUAAAGCUAUAGAAACAAUAGAAAAUAUUAAAAAAGAAAGUACAAGUGAAAAAGAAUUACUAAUAUUUAAAUAUCAAAAGAUAAUAGAAGAGAAAGAAAAUCUUUUGAAAAUAAAAACAAAAGAAUUAGAAUUAGAAUCAAAGAAACAAUUAGAAGUACAAAAUAUUACUUUAGAGAAUCUUAAGACUGAAAAUAUAAAUCAGAUAAACAAGCUUUCAGAAUCUUUCAAUGAGCAAUUGAAUAUGAAAGAUUUGAAAAUUAAAGAAGUAUCUAUACAACUUAAUCAAAAAAUAUGUGAAACUGAAAAAUUGUUGACAGAACUAUCUAUACAAGUUGAUAUAAAUAAGAAAAAAGAUGAAGAAUUAUCCGCUGCAUUAAAGAAACUUGAAGAACUAAAUGAAAAACUCAAAUUAAUGGAAGAAAAGAAUAGUUUGCUUUCUAAGCAGAUACAGGAAUAUCGAUCAAAGACUGAAGACAAUUUUAAAAUAGUCCAAGAAAAACAAAAAUUAGAGCAUGAUAUUGCUUCUUUAAUGGCUACAGAAGUCAAUUCCUCUGCACAAUUAAAAAAAUUAAGUGAAGAAUUAAAAGUGAAAGAAAAAGAAUUAUUAGAUCUUCGUUCGACAACUGCAGCUGAAAUAGAGGAAUUAACAAAACGUUAUCAAAAUCAAAUUGAAGAAAAAGUGAAAUGUAUAGAAGAAGCAAAUGCUUAUAUAUCUCAAAAAUCUUUAUUACUCAGUAAAUUAGAAAUUGAUGUAUUAGAAUUGAAAUCACUUCUUGCAAAUAAAGAUGAAGAAAUAAAAAAUCUCACACAAAAGACUUUAGAAUUACAGGAUGCACUUACUUUAUCGGAAAAAAAUAAAACGGUUCUAGAGAAUAAGCUUCGAGAAUUUGAAAAUAAUAUAGAAAAAUUAAAUCAACAAGUUGCUAAUUCAGAAAAUAGACUGUCACAAGUUACAUCUCAAAAAGAAAAAUUGGAAGCUGAUAUAACAAAUCUAAUAAGUACUUCCACUGAUUCAUCAGAACAACUUAUAAAAUAUAAUGAAGAUUUGCGAAUAAAAGAAAAAGAACUUGAUGAAAUUAAAGAUAAAGCAUUCAAAAAUGAAACCUUACUCAAAUCAUUAGAAUCAAAAUUGAAUAAUAUGGAAAUAGAAUUAAAUAAAGCUAAUGAUUUGAUUCAAAUACAAUGUUCAGAAAUAGAGAAUAAUAAAUCUGAAUUAGAAAAAGAAAAAAAAUUGAAUACAGAAUUAUCUAUUAAAAUAAAAAAAUUUGAAACAAAAAAUACAGAAUUUGAAAAACAAAUAAAAGAAAAUAACUGUAUUAAAGAACAGCUUAAAGAAAAAUCGCAGGAAUCAUUAAAUCUUUUAAAUGAAUUAGAAAAUAACAAAAAAGAAAUGGUUAAUUUACAAAAACAAUAUGAAACUUUAAAAAAUUCACUUAAAGAAGAGAUAUUUUCCCUUCAAAAAGAGAUUAAUGGCUUGAAAAUGGAAUUAAAUACUUCUCAAGAAGAAACAAAGAUUUUACAAAAAACAAAGUCUAAAUUAGAAGCAAAUCAAAGUGCUAAUCGUUGGACGAUUGAAGAAUUAACAGACAAACUAGAAGUUGAAAUAGCAAAUCGCUCAAAAUUAGAAUUAUUAAUAACAGAAAAAGAUAUUAAUUUGCAUGAAUUAAAAAAGAAAUAUGAAGAGUUACAGAAAACAAAUGAAAGUUUAGUUAUUAGUAAGGAAGCUACGGAUAAAGAUUUGACAACAUCAUUAGAUAUUAUGCAUAAUGAAAUGAAAGAAUUAAAGGAUAAAUUAAUUGCUGCUACACAUACAAUUAAAGACAAAGAAAACGCUCUUGUUGAAACCAAAAAAGAAGCUGAACAAUUUGAAACACAACUUUUUAAAUUGAAUGAUACUCUCAUAUCCAUGCAAAAAGAACAAAGGGAUAAAGUAAACGACAUGAAAAAAAUAGAGGAAGCUCUAUUAGAGAAAGAAAAAGAAAUAUCUAAUAUUAUUGAAACAAAGAUUUCUUUAGAAAAUAAUGUAAAAAUUUUAGAAUCAAAAUUAGAAGAAAAUGUAAAAGAUUUAGAAUCACAGUUAAAAACUAUACAAAAAGAAUUAGAUGUAAAAAAUAAUAUACUUCAGGAAACAGAACAUAUGAUGAAAGAAUUGAAAAGUUCCAAAGAAGAAUCUGUAAUGAAAUUACAAAAUACUUUAGAAUGUGAAAUGAAAGCUAAACAAGCUGAAUUUGAAUCUAUAAUGCAAAAAAAUUCUGAAUUAGAAAAACAGCAACAAUUCUUUCAAGAUAUAAUAGAGAAACAAAUUAAUGAUUUAAAUAAUAAAGAAAUAACUAUUGAUAAAUUAACAGCACAAAUUAAAGCUUUAGAAAAUGCACAAACAGAAAAAUUAAAGAUGGAUAAACAGAUAGAAAGUGAAGAAGUUAAAUUUAUGCAAAGUAAAUUAAGUGAAGCGAUUAAAGAAAAUAAAAAUCUAAUUGAGAAUAAAGAAUCUUUUGAAAAAUUAUUUAAAGAACAAGAACAAAAAAUUGAAAUACUUACAAAUAUCAUGAAAACUAAAGAAAAAGAAACUGAAAAAAAUAUUCAAAAUUUGAUAGAAAAAUUAAAUCUUAUGUCAAUGGAAGCAACACAUUUAAAAGAAGUACAAAGUAAUUUGGAAAGAGAGAAUAAACAAAUUACAGCUAAAUGGACAGAAGCAGCAAAUCAGUUAAAAUUAACUCGCGAAAAUAUAAAAAAUAGUUAUGAUGCAGCUGGAGGUGAUAUGAAACAACAUAUAGUGGAUAAGGAUAUUGAUAUUCUAAAAUUAAAAGAAGAAUAUGAAACAGCAAAAAGUCAAAUAGAUUUCUUAAAUUCUGUAAUAGUUGAUAUGCAACGUAAAAACGAAACUUUACUAUGUAAAGUGGAAGUUCUUGAAAUGGGGAUACCUUCCAAUGAAGCUGACGAAUAUACCAAAACAACAUUAGAGAAACGUAUGGCUGCACCACGUAUGUUCUGUGAUAUUUGUGAUCAAUUUGAUUUACAUGAAACGGAAGAUUGUCCACGUCAAGCUCAAGACUUUCUAGAUACGGAAAAAGUCGUAAAGUCUUCAAAAAAAGCACCGAUGGAAAGACCGUACUGCGAAAAUUGUGAAAUGUUUGGACAUGAUACUCGUGAUUGCGAUGAUGCUGAAACAUUUUAAUAGGAUAUGUUAUCAUUUGUAGAUAUAUUUUAUUGCUUUUCAAAAAUCCUAAUUCCAAAAAUACCUGUUGAAAGUUUUGCAGAGUAUAUUUUUAUAUGAAAAAAUUUAAAGCUAUAGUUAUAUGCAUGUCUUCCUGCAUAGGAAUAUGCAUAUCAAUUGUCCAAAUAUUGACAAUUCCAUGAUAAAUUUGUGCUCCCAUGUUAAAUUUAUGGUUUGAAAGUCUAUAUAUGUUCACCAUAAUGUUUUUGUGUGUAUAUUUGUUGCGCUUCCACGUGAUUGUUAAAGUACAAAGUUAUAUUACUUCUAUUGUGAACCAGAUUAAGUUAUUUUAUGAUAUAUUGCUGAUUUGUAUUAUAGAAUGGAAACAAUGAAAUGCGUAACGAAAAAUUAAACGCAUACUUUGGAUGAAGUCGAAUGUAAUUAUGUACAUACUAAUUAUAUUUAUGUGAAUCU